AUUGGAGCUGGUGGAUUUUACCAGCAAUGAGCUGGAGACACAAGACAGAGAAGCCAAGAGAUUGAAACCAGAGACGCUCAGAGUAGAUUGAUGGAAAACUACACCUACAAUAGCUUCACGUUACAGCUGGAGGGGUUCGAUGUUUCGAAGGGUUCUACUUACCCCAUGUUUCUUUUUCUCCUUUUCUCCUACUUGUUUAUAAGUUUUGCAAAUGUGGCUAUUGCUGUUCUGGUUUUCAUAGACAAAAGCCUCCACCAGCCUAUGUAUCUCCUAUUUUGCAACCUGUCAGUGAAUGAUAUACUUGGAAACUCUAUCAUGGUUCCCCGUUUGCUUAUAGACAUGUUGCGGCCUCCCUCUGAGCGUCUCAUCAGUUAUUAUGAAUGUGUGGUUCAAGCUUUCACCACACACAUGUUCAGUACCACUGCUCACACUGUGCUCAUGAUUAUGGCCUUUGACAGAUAUGUGGCCAUUUGUAAUCCCUUGCGCUAUUCUUCCAUAAUGACCAACAAAAUGCUGAUGAAGCUAACAGUUUCUGCCUGGGGAGUGGCUUUCGUUUUGGUCGGGAUUCUACUCGGCCUGACCCUACGACUGAACCGUUGUCGGACUUUUAUAAAAAGCCCUUACUGUGACAAUGCUGCACUGUUUAAGCUCUCCUGUGAGAGUGUGUUAAUUAAUAACGUUUAUGGCCUCACUUUUACUGUAUUUUUAUUUUUUUACUAUUAUAUUAUAUUCAAAAGGAUAAUAUCUACCAAUUGGGAUGCCCGUCUUGGUCAAGAGCAUUAG